CUUUUCACUUGUGGCCGUAGCCGUAGGUGGAGAAAGGGCAGAGUUAGGGUGUCAUUUGCGUAGUAGAGCCCAUUUGACAGCUGAUAGGGGUGGAAAAUAAUCCCGAAGAAUUGCAGAUCUAUUCACAGAUUGUUGAUUAUAUUUGUGGCAAACUGAGUGAUUCGGAGAUCAGACAUCAUUCGAAGGAAAAUGUCAAAAAUAGAGGAGGGAAACGCGCAUAUUCGCGCAGCUGAGAAAAGCUUGAAGACUAGUUUACUCAAGUGGAGACCGGAUUUUGAAGUCGCAGCUGAAGAGUACAACCAAGCAGCCACUUGCUUUCGGAUUGCAAAAUCCCUGAAGCAAUGCAAGGAUGCCCUGAUUAAAGCUGCAGAUUGCUACAAAGAAAAUCGAGCAUGGUUCCACGCGGCAAAGAGUCUCGAGCAAGUGAUCCUCAUUUCGAGGGACUUAGGAGAAUUGUCAGAGAUCCCAAGACUCGCGAAUUCCUCAUGCACGUGGUACCAGCAGCAUGGAUCACCAGAGUCUGGUGCUACUGUUCUGGAUAAAGCUGGUAAAAUGAUCGAGAAUUCUGAUCCACCUGCUGCGUUACCGCUGUUUCAGAGAGCAGCUGAGAUUGCUAUGGGGGAAGACAGUCCAAGGCAGGCAGCUGAGCAUCUAAGCAGAGUAGCAAAAAUUCUAGUCAAACUAAAGAACUACGAUGAAGCUGCUAAUGCGAUUAGAAGAGAAAUUAGUUGUCAUCAGCGUAUCGAGCACACCCCAUCAGUAGGAAGAUUAGCGGUGGUGUUGGUGCUCAUCCAACUUGCUCGAUGCGAUCAAGUCGCCGCUGAGAAGGCUUUCAGAGAGUGGGGAAACUACUGUGACGCUCCAGAAAUUCAAACACUGGAGAUGCUGCUUCAGGCUUAUGACAAUGAGGAUGCCAAUGCAGCCAGGGCAGCCCUGAACAGUCCCUUCAUCAAGCAUAUGGACGUGGAAUACGCAAAAUUAGCUAGGGGACUUCCACUACCUCAACAGGAAUACGCUGUACCACCUGCUGGUGUCAGAGCCAAUGCUGCACCACCAUACGUAUCACCGAAUCUUGACAAGCCGUCUGCUAGCCGUGAGACUGUCGAAGCUGAAGUCAAUCAUGACACUGCAUCAAUAGAGAAAGGUCUUGCCUCCAGCCAUCUAUCAAGUGAAUCUCCCGAAGAUCCUCAAAAGACCCCUGAGACAUCCCCUGAAGAGAAAAAUGAGGAGGAGGAGGACGAGUACGAAGGAGGCUUGUGCUGAUCACUCUGCCCUUUAUACGAACGCCUCUUCAUUUGUUCAGUUUACCGAAUUAUAAGAAAAAAAGAAAUUCAGGCGCAUUUUAUCCUGCACCCGACUGUCAUUACAACCAUGCAGUUCUGCAAAUAAAGACGCUUAGAGCUAUUUAUUCACACGCAUUUAACGUAUUAAAUGUCGAUAAACAAUAAUUUAUUGACAGUCGUCAAAAAUAACGAGACUAUUUUUGCGCGCUGAAGUAUAAUUACGCUGUAGUUGAGUAGAUUAUUCGAAAUACUUGUUGAAUUAUUCAAAUAAAUUAUUCUCGUUUUUUUUACUAUUAUUAUUCGGAUGAAUUUGUCAUUCAGGUUGUUUUCUAGAAUUUGUUGAUGUGUAUUUUGCGAUGAAGACUGGGAAGAUGAUGGUGAUUAUAUGUAGGUUAGAAUAAACGUCUAAACCUUGAAA